AUGGGCGAUCACGCUCUCUUUUUCUAUGGAACCCUGAUGGCGCCACAAAUACUCCACCGCGUCAUCCACGGCCGUACAGAUCCAGAGCCAUGGCAAAAAGGCCUUCUCAGAUUUCGACCUGCCAUUCUACAUGGCUACAGGCGCCAUCGUGUCCGACACGCGGAGUACCCAGGCAUCGUGCCGGCAAAACCUUCUAAUGCACCAUCUGGUGGAUCUGCGCCCAUAAGCACGUCUGUGCUAGGCACGCUUGUAUCUGGUCUCACGGAUGGGGAUAUCUACCGGCUGGACCUUUUUGAAGGAGAAGAGUAUUCCAAAGAGCAGGUGACGGUUCGCACAUUACGAGAGGGUGAUAAUGGGCAAGGAAAGUUGCAGGAUAUUCUGAGUUCUGCUGGGGAAGAUAGUGACGGCAAAGGCGAGGAAGUGGUUGCUGUAACCUAUGUCUUCACGCUCGGGGAGGAACAUCUCGAGGAGGAGUGGGAUUUUGAAACCUUCAAGCGAGAUAAGCUUGCCCGCUGGAUUGGAGCAGAUGAGCGACAGUGGCAAAGCAUGUGA